UCCGCCUCUCCAGCUGUUGUGCGCCCCCCCGCGCCCCCGACUGCUUAUUUCAGGGGAGCCGAAUUUCGCACAACAUCUGCCGCGAUGGAUCCGUUGGACGGGUUCGGUUCUCCCGGACGGGAAGAGGCUGCGGCAGACAGCCGAUCCGCAUGGACCCGCUUCUCCUCCUGGCUGGAGUGCGUGUGUGUGGUUACCUUCGAUCUGGAGCUCGGACAAGCCAUUGAGCUAGUUUAUCCACAGGAUGUGAAACUCACAGAGAAAGAGAAAACCAGCAUCUGUUACUUGUCCUUUCCUGACUCCUACUCAGGAUGCCUUGGGGAUACUCAGUUCACCUUCAGGUUACGCCAAUCAGUUGGGCGUCAAAGUUUCAGAGACGACAUCUACAACAGAGACGCCCCCGCCACGCUGCAGAGGGAAACGGCACAUUUUUUCGGCUACGUCUACUUCCGUCAGGUGAAGGAUGUGUCUGUGAAGAGAGGCUACUUUCAGAAGUCGCUGCUGUUGGUGUCCAGGUUGCCCUACACACACCUGUUUCAUUCGGUGCUGCAGAUCAUCGCACCAGAGUUCUUCGAGAAGCUGGAACCGUUCCUGGAAGCAGUUUGCAAUGAGAUUGACCAGUGGCCCAACCCCUCACCUGGACAGAUGCUCAACCUACACAUCGUGGGCGUUGUCUUACAGGUUAGAAUUCCUUCAAAAACAGACAAACCAGGAGGAAGUCCCGUCAGACAGAUAACUAACGAGAGCCCACUGCCAGCUCCAACGCUCCUUCCAACCAUCCACGAACUGGACCUCUUUAAGUGUUUCCAGUCGGUUCUGAUCCACCUGCAGAUGCUGUGGGAGCUCACGCUGCUCGGCGAGCCGCUGGUCGUCAUGGCGCCGUCUCCGACCGUCUGCUCAGAAACAAUACUGGCUCUGGUCAGCUCCAUAAGCCCUCUGAAGUUCUGCUGCGACUUCCGGCCGUAUUUCACCAUCCAUGACAGCGAGUUCAGAGAGUACACGACCCGGACGCAGGCGCCUCCAAAUGUGGUUCUGGGGGUCACCAACCCGUUCUUCAUCAAGACUUUUCAGAACUGGCCUCACAUCGUUCGACUGGGAGAGAUCAAGAUGGCCGGUGAUCUUCCGAAGCAGGUGAAGGUGAAGAAGUUGUCCAAACUAAAAACUCUCGACACCAAACCAGGGAUUUACACAGCCUACAAAACGUUUCUACACAAAGACAAAAUCCUUAUCAAGAGGCUUUUGAAGGGAAUCCAGAGGAAAAGGCCGUCAGAGGCUCAGAGCGCCAUCUUGAGGCGACACCUGCUUGAGCUGACGCAGAGCUUCAUCAUUCCUCUGGAGAGGUACAUGGCGAGCCUGAUGCCUCUGCAGAGAUCAGUCACAGCCUGGAAGACUCCUCCGCAGGUUCGUCCCUUUAGUCAGGACGAGUUCAUUUCCACUCUGGAUCACACCGGUCCUCAGCUCACCUCCAUGCUCAGAGGGGACUGGAUGGGUCUGUACAGGAAGUUCUUCAGGUCCCUGAACUUUGACGGCUGGUACCGCCAGCGCCACAGAGAGAUGACGCAGAAGCUGGAAAGCCUCCAUCUGGAGACGAUCUGCGACGCAGACCUUCUGGGCUGGACCAAAGACAAGUCGGAGGUAGAGAUCGUGGACCUGAUCCUGAAGCUCAGAGAAAAGCUGAUCAAAGCUCGCCGGCAGCAGCUGCAGGUCAAAGAUGGAGUUUUAGACAAACUGGACGCUUUCAUAAACUCUAUAGUUGGCUCACUGCCUGAAGACCUGCAGCCCGUCCUGAACGCACACUGACGCCAUCAAACCUGAAAGCCUGAAACCCGGAUACAAGCCCAAACAAUGCAGAAAGCAGACGAGUCUGGCUGAAGAGUGAAGACUUUGUGACGACACAGAAGAUUUUCAUUUAUCUCAACAGAAAGCCCAACAGCAGACGGUCAAAUCACACAGCCGUUAUUUUUCUAGUCUGAGAAAUUAAAGACAUUAACAUGCUGCUCUCUCCAUGUAUUGUAUCUUAAUAUAGUCUUAAUAUAUUGAGACUUUAUUCCCACAUGACUUAUUCUGACAAUAGUAUGACUAUUUUCUUGUUUGACUUUAUUCUCGUACAAAUUAUCCUCAUAUUAAGACUAUUUUUCUGCUGACUUUAUUCUUGUAAAAUAACAACUUUAGUUCCCUACAACUCUUUUCUUGUAUGAUUUAUUCUCGUAACAUUACAACUUUUUUCCCCCUCAUAUUACUUUAUUUUCCUAUAACUUUAUUCUGGUACGAUUUGUUCUCAUGUUAUGACUAUAUUUUUGUACAACUUUGCAAGACUUUAGUGUAUAACUUCUCAUAAUAUUACUUUGUUCUUGUGCGACUUAUUUUCAUAAUGUUACGACUUUAUUCUUGUACGAUUUAUUCCCGUAAUGUUAUGACUAUAUUCUCGUACAACUUCAAACCAUGACUUUAGUGUUGUGCAACUUUAUUUUUGUAUAAUUUCUUGUAAUAUUACUUUAUUCUCAUACGACUUUAUUCUUUUUUGACCAUUACGGCUUUAUUCUCGGACGACUUUACUCUUCUACUAUUAGUAGAGUUAUGAAUCUAGUCACAAAACUUUAUUCUUGUAACUAUAUUCUCAUAUUCCCACUGCUUAAAGCUGAGACAUUUAGAUAGAAACUCAAUGUAGAAGUGAGAUAAUUCUGGCUGUAGAGAUUUCAUGAUAGCAAAGAUAUUAAUAUAUCUAAAAGAAAAGCCCAACUUAGGACAGCAAAUAGUCAAAACACACGGCGUUAUUUUUCUAGUAUUAUAGAGAAAUUAAAAACACUAACAUGCUGCUUCCUCUUUAUGUAUUUGUGCUCUAAAAAAUAAAACUUGAAUCAUCUGAG